AUGAUACCCUAUGCUGAUCGUUUUAAAAUACCACAACAAUCAGAUAUUAAGAAAGCUUUAGGAACAUUUGAUGAUAAUUCAUUAAAUACGAUUUUUACUGAACGUUUUUACGAAACAUUCGAUAGUCUACCAUUUCCAAAGAAACCAUGGGAUUGGCUUGCACAAUAUGUUGAAAAAGGACAAACUUAUGCACAGCAUCUUCAACUAUCUCGAACUCUUCAUACAUCAGCCUCUUCGCAUCGAAAUACAAUUUAUCUAACAAUAUUUGGACAAAUUGAUAAAACAAUAUUCGAUCUAGAUAGUUUAAUUGAUUAUACUCAACGUUUUUUUCAAAUACCAGUUAAAUUAAUUAAUCCAUUUAUAGAUGUUCAAUGGAAUAAUGAAACAAAUCAAUGGACAUGUAUAUUAAAUUUAUCGAAUGGUAAAAAUCGUAGUUUCAAACUUCAAACACGUUAUAAUGAAAAAAAUAAUCAUUCACAAAUAUCUGUUAGAAAAAUCUUAGAUCUAUUAACAAAAGUUGUACCAAUGGAUGCUCGAUGUCUUGUUGCAUUAACAAUGUAUGAUCUUUAUGAUGAUGAUACCGAUUUAUUUAUUGCUGGUUUAGCUCGAGGAAAUAAUCGUGUUGCAGCAUUUUCACUCUAUCGUUAUGAUCCAUAUUUGAUAUUUAAUGAAUCAAAUUGGUUUGAUUGUAAAAUGAAAGUUGUAUCAGAAUUAGAAAAAGAAAUUGAAGAACGACGAAAUUUAUUAUUAUUAAGAACUUGUCGUUUAUUAACACAUGAAGUAUGUCAUUUAUUUGGUAUUGAACAUUGUAUUUAUUAUUCUUGUUUAAUGAAUGGAAGUGGACAUUUAGAUGAAGAUUUUACUCAACCAUUACUUGAAUGUCCAAUUGAUUUACGAAAACUUCAUAUAUUUCUUAAAUUUAAUAUUAAUAAAAGAUAUGAAGAAUUAUUAGAAUUUUUUCAAAUACACAAUUUUUAUGAUGAAAUUAAAAUGACGAAGAAAAAACUCGAUGUUAUAAAUCAACCACCACAAGGAAUGAAUUCUUCUGCAAAGAGAAAACGUCUUUGUAAUGUUACGACAAAUGAUGAAGAUGUAUCACAAUCAUUUACAAAACAUUUCAAAGAUGAAUAG